AUGGCUGACAACCACUCCCCAUACGACCCCGAUCCGCGACAGGGACGCGGCGGGGACAGGAGGACACAAGCUCUGCAAGCGAGACAGCGGACAAGGGGCGACAGUGCCGCUUCAGACGCCCAGAACUUGCCAAGGAAGAACACAAGCGCGAUCUCUCCAUCCGGCACCGACCCUCCACCCGCAUCGCGUAUCGAUCAAGACAAGAGCUACCUUCUAGGCGUCAGCUACUCGCUGUUCGGGCUCCUGAGCCGGGCGUUGCCGCGGAUUGCUACAAGCAUGUGUAAUGAAAUCGACGACACCGUCAAUGUCAUGCACGAUAACAUCCAGAAGGUCAGGGAGCGCGGCGAGAACUUGGACCACCUGCAGACCAAGACCGACAACCUGGCCAACCAGGCCCAUGGCUUCCGCCGCGGCGCCAACAGAGUGCGGAAGCAGAUGUGGUGGAAGGACAUGAAGAUGCGCAUGUGCCUGAUUGCAGGCGUUAUUAUCCUGCUCCUGAUCAUCAUCGUACCGAUUGUGGUCACCCAGACCAAAUAA